AUGAGACAUGUAACUGAUAUCGUGCAUGCCCAUGUCUGGAUUGCUUACGGCACUGGAGCAGCCAUCCACGGGGAUGUGCGGAGCGGCGACACUGAUCCCGAGUCCUCGUUCCAGGGCCCCCUGUACAACAGCCACGGACCCGCCGUACUAAGCGUCGCGUUGGCACGCCGCACGCCCUCCGAAGGCACACGUUUUCUCAUCUUUUACCACGACAUCCGCUUGCCUUCACUCAGUCACCAGCUUCCACGAAACUAUGUCUUCGGACCUAGCUCCCCGCAAUUGAUACCUUGGCGACGAAGGACCUUUAGCCGUGACCGAGGGAUUUCUGCCUCGCCAUACGCAGAUAUGCAGUGGCCGUGGCAUAAAAGGAAGGGUUCCGACGAUGGCGAAGCUUUAUUGCCUCUGGCGGCCAAGAUGCCGAGCAUCAAUGGUUUGACCAUGGAACCUAUGGAGACGGAAUCAUCGCGAUCUAGGCCAGGCCACAUUCGAACCACAUCAGCGCAAUCAAGAAGCACCGCCGACGAGUUCUCCUCGAUGAGUUCCGCAGAAGCCGCCAGCCGCCUUCAAACGUCACUUACCCACGGUCUAUCGCCAACCGAAGCCUUGACUCGACUCAGCGACUACGGUCCGAACGAGAUCCCUCACGAACCCCCAGAACCGCUAUGGCUUCGUUUCAUCAAACAAUUCCAAGAGCCGCUUAUUUUAUUGUUGCUCGUGUCGGCCGGAGCGUCCUUGUUUUUGGGCAACAUGGAUGAUGCAGUCAGCAUCACAGUCGCCGUGACCAUCGUGGUCUCGGUCGGUUUUGUGCAAGAAUACCGCUCAGAGAAGUCGAUAGAGGCUCUUAGUCACUUGGUUCCGGCCCAUGCCCAUCUGGUCCGCUCAGCUAUCAGCAAGACACCCGGCAGCGCCAAAACUCCGACUUGGCCGCCACAGGGACCUAUGGACGGCACAGAGUCAGUUGGAUCUACCACGCCUGGGGAAGAAAUGCUGGAAGCAACCUCAUCAAAGGUCAUGGCCUCACAGCUUGUGCCGGGAGAUUUGGUCUACUUCACCACGGGCGAUCGUAUUCCGGCGGAUAUUCGGGUCACCAAGGCAGCAGAUCUCACGAUUGAUGAGUCAAAUCUCACAGGAGAAAACGAGCCUGUGCGGAUCACCGCAGAGACGAAGGCGCGGAGCCUCUUAUCUCCUGCAUAUGGUGCAGACACGCUUCAGCUUCCGAGCCCAUCUGCCUUGUCCGACAAUCGUGAUGCAGGUGGGAGUGGCGAGAAUAACAUCGCCUGGAUGGGCACGCUGGUGAGGUCUGGUCACGGCCAAGGCAUUGUUUUUGCAACGGGCGGACAAACCAACUUCGGAACAAUUGCGACUAGCGUGUCUGGAACAGAGAGUCCUCGUUCGCCUCUCCAACUCUCCAUGGACGACCUAGGCUCUCAGCUCAGCAAAGCCUCGUUCGUGGUCAUUGGACUCAUUUCGCUAGUCGGCUGGCUUCAAGGAAAGAAGCUGUUGGAAAUCUUUACUAUUUCGAUUUCUCUUGCUGUUGCAGCUAUUCCGGAAGGUCUGCCAAUUAUCGUAACCGUAACCCUGGCUCUGGGCGUUCAUAGAAUGGCUCGCCAUAACGCCAUCGUACGCAGAAUGCCCAAGGUAGAGACUUUGGGUUCAGUAAAUGUUGUUUGUACCGACAAGACAGGUACUCUUACCAUGAACCACAUGACAACCGCCAAAAUGUGGUACUUUGGUGCUAACGAUGCCAUUGAUGUCGAGUCCGAUGAUGAAGCGACGGAAACCAAGCCCGAUCCUGCUACUCUACGUAUUUUACGGAUUGGUAACAUUGCGAACAAUGGUCGCUUAGCACAGCAGUAUACUGAAAACGGUGCAGCUGCAAGAGCUGUGUUAUCGUCAACUCAAGGAGCUGACUUCACUUCGACUUACACGCGCUGGUGUGGCCAACCUACGGACGUUGCCAUGCUCGACUUGCUUGACAGAUUCAAGGAACAUGACGUUCGCGAGUCUAUCGGCCCGCGUCUGACGGAGACCCCCUUCAGUUCUGAGCGGAAAUGGAUGGGUGUUACCAUUGGAACUAACAAUAAGGAGUUCGCCUACAUGAAAGGAUCCAUCGACAGAAUCCUCGAAGCUUGUGACACCUAUCUUACUCGGGACGGCCGAGAGAUUGUCCUUGACUCUACGCGUCGUGAAGAGGCCCUGCAAGCUGCUGAGACUAUGGCGUCAAAGGGCCUCCGCGUACUUGCAUUCGCCAGCGGCGCAGUUUCUAGAUCUAGGGGCAGAACAGCACUUGCGCCGACUAGCCGAACCAACACUCCCCAACCCGUCGACGAAACCUACAGGGGCUUGACGUUUGCUGGUCUGGUCGGCAUGAGCGAUCCGCCAAGGCCAGGAGUUGGCAAGUCAAUUAGGAGGCUUCUGCGUGGAGGUGUCAGAGUCGUCAUGAUAACAGGAGAUGCCGAGACGACCGCCGUGGCGAUUGGCAGGCAGCUUGGCAUGCCGAUUGCGAAGCCAAUCGAAUACGCCUCUAAUCAAGCUGCAGUUCGGCCAGUCCUGAGGGGAGAGGACGUUGAUAAUAUGUCAGAAGAGGAGCUCUCCCACGCCAUUCAGCACACCACCAUCUUUGCUCGCACGAAUCCGGACCAUAAGCUCAAGAUCAUUCGGGCUUUCCAGGCCAGAGGUGAUAUUGUCGCCAUGACUGGAGACGGCGUCAAUGACGCACCAGCACUGAAAAGAGCGGACAUCGGCAUCUCGAUGGGCUUACACGGGACUGAUGUGGCCAAGGAGGCUGCCGAUAUGAUUCUCACGGAUGACGAUUUCUCAACGAUCCUUAGAGCAAUCGAAGAGGGCAAGGGAAUCUUCAACAAUAUCCAGAACUUUUUGACAUUCCAGCUGAGCACAAGCGCAGCCGGUUUGUCUCUGGUACUUAUCUGCACAAUACUCGGAUUCAAAUCGCCGCUGAAUGCUAUGCAGAUCCUUUGGAUCAACAUCAUCAUGGAUGGCCCACCUGCUCAGUCUCUUGGCGUAGAAUCCGUUGAUGCCGAUGUAAUGAAUCGGCCUCCUCGGAAGCGGAACGAUGCGGUACUCACGAGGGCUCUGCUCUACAGGGUAAUGACCUCGGCAUUCAUCAUUAUGGCGGGCACGAUGCUCGUAUAUAGACGCGAGAUGCUUGCCGAUGGCGAGGUUAAUCGCCGCGACACAACCAUGACCUUUACUUGCUUUGUAUUUUUUGACAUGUUCAACGCAAUGGCCUGCCGAUCCGAAUCAAAGUCAGUUCUGCGAGGCGAGGUUGGGCUCUUCUCAAACACCUUAUUCAACUGGGCAGUCUCUCUCAGCAUUGCAGGCCAGUUGCUUGUCAUUUACUUCCCUUGGCUCCAGGAGGUUUUCCAGACAGAGGCUUUGAGCUUAUUCGACCUGUUGGGGCUUUUGAUGCUUUGCAGCACGGUGUUUUGGGCGGAUGAGUUUAGAAAGUACUGGAAGUAUGCCAGACGGCGCAUGGGGGGCGGUUACAGUCAGGCAGUCUGUGCAGAUCAGCCCAAACACUUCGGGCCAGCUAACACCUUGACCUGGACCUCAACCCUCACGGCACAGACAACACCCCCCUACCUCUGCUGGCAGGCCAAGCUCGCGCCAAUGUCAACACUCACGAAUGGCGUUUCCUCCCAUCGCGCGGACAGCGACAAUGCCGCCGACGGCGCACACAGCAGCGCUGCGGCCCGACCCAGCUGUAGCGGCACCAGCAGCAUCUACGCAGCAUCGAGCGUCGCCGAGGUGCAUGCUGCCCUCGAAGCUCUCCACGCCCGCGAAUCUACAAUCACCAGCCGUCUCGACGCACUCCUAGGCUCCCAGGCCGACCUCGCCCGCGAAUUAGGACGACUAGACCUGCUGCGCGCGGGGCUCGGUAGUCAGGUCAUUGCUGCCCGGUCCGUUGGCAAUGACAUGCUCUCGACGGCCGCGGACACGGCGGGGCGGCUGAGCAAUAAGGUGAAGGAGCUGGACUUGGAGAAGAGCCGGGUCGAGGAUACACUCGAGGUUGUGAAGCAGGUCGUCGAGCUCAAGGCUUGUGUCCAGGGCGUCGUGGGCAGCAUGGGUGCCCCGCAGGACUGGGAGGCGGCCGCGGCGUACCUUGCGCGGGCGGCGCAGGUGCCGGAAGAUAUCACCAAGGGCAAAUUUGCGGCGUCGAUUGUACCGUCCGUCGAGGUUCCCGACCCCCCGUGGGUGACGCUCGAGAACGCCAAGGAGAGUCUAUGCGGGCUGUUCCUCAGGGAGUUCGAGAAGGCGACCAAGGAGGGAGACGGUGCCAAGGUGACGAGGUUCUUCAAGCUGUUCCCGCUCAUUGGAAGAGGAGACGUUGGUCUGGACGUAUAUGGGCGGUAUGUUUGCCAAGGCGUGGCCGGUACGGCGCGAUCGGUAUUGAAGGAGAGUCCCGGUGUCCAGGCGAGGAAAGAAGGCUUCUUCUAUGCGAAUGCUCUCACCAGAUUGUUCGACCAUAUUGCACGCAUUGUGGAAGGUCACGGAGGUCUUGUGGAGCUGCAUUAUGGAUCUGGCAAGAUGGUUCGUGUCAUUGAGCGUUUGCAGCAGGAGGCCGACGUACAAGGAGGCAUUGUCCUCGACUCGUGGAGCGAUGAGCGAGACGUGGACAGGCGGCUCAAGGACGUCAAGAGCUACCCCUUUUCUUUCUUGGUGCAGAGCUUCCUCCCUCAACAGAGAGGCGGAACCCCGCGGGUCAACUCGCCUGCCAUGGGCGCCGGCGCGAACCCGCGAGCUAGUGAGGAUGAGGGCGUCAACAUGAAGGAGGUCGAUGGCCUUCUAAGUGAGAUCGCAAUCAUGCUCGGCCGGUGGUCUCUAUACUCCAAGUUCCUAGCAGGAAAGACUCGCGACCCAUCUACACCCGACGACGCUCCCCUGUCCGUGCCGGAAGUUGUCGUCAAGUCCAACCUCAGGAAGAAGGUUUCGGACAAGCUUACAUCCCCCUAUAACAUCAUGAUGACUUUCUUCUUCCGAAGAUCAGUCGAAAAGGCGUUCCAACUGGACGAGUCGCCAGCGAGCAGCCUGUCUCUCAGUAUGAACAAGCACAUUGACACAAACCAAGCAUUCAUCAUCUCUGCGGUUGACGACGUCAUGUACGUCGUCAGUGCCGUUAUCCAAAAGUCAAUAUCGACAUCUCAAAGAGACGUCAUCUCAUCCGUCAUUCCCACCAUCGGUCGCGUCCUCGGCUCAGACUUUGUCGGCAUGAUUCAACGAAAGAUGCGAGACGAGUCCUACCCCAAACCAAUUGUGCAAGGAGGAUUCCCGCCAGAAGACAGGAUCAUCCAGUUCAUCGUCCUCAUCAACAGUCUUGAUACUGCCAAUGAGUACCUCGGACGAAUCAUUACGACCAACGUCGGAAGCACAAACGACCCGCCAAAGGUAAAUGGCGAUGCUCAUGAGGCAUCACUUAGAGACACAUUCCCUUUCGACAAGGACGUUGCUUUCGUGGCUUCUGCUCUCAACACACUGCAAAGCUCCUUCACCACGAAGACCACCGAGCUUCUCAACGAGGGACUCCAGGUUCUCUUCAAGCAGGUCGUUCAACCACGCCUUCGGCCUGUGCUCAGCGACACCUUCCGCGACGUGGACUACUCUUUGACGGAAGAAGAGCUAGCUGAGUUUGCUCAACAAAACGACGAGGACGAGGAGGAGAUGCUAGACCAGGUGUCCCGUCGCUUUGAGCACGGCUGGGACCAACUCAUGAAGCCUGUCGCGCGUCUCAUGACGCCUCACACCUUUACGACGCUCCAUGACCUGACGGCGCGGUACCUCUCGCGUGUGCUCGAACGCAGGGUCUGGGAUGCCCGGGCAAACGCCUAUGGUGUUAUCCGCAUGGAGCGCGACUUCUCUAGCAUCGUCAGCACCGUGUCCAAGGGCAACUACGGCGUCAGAGAGCCGUUUGCGAGGGUCUCACAGAUCUUGAUGGUGGCCAACAUGGAAGAGGAGGAGUGGGAGGAGAUUUCUGCUCAGCCGGAUGACGGGGAGGAGGAUGGAAUGAUUUGGGUUCUGACCGAAGAUGAGAGGCGGCGGGCGAGGCAUCUUACGUCUAGGGAGCAGAAUGAGGCUUUUGUGCAAAAGAACAAAGCGGCAUUUCACGAUCAAGAUGUUUGCUUGGGGCACGGGUCAAAGACGUAUCGAUCUAUGGCCGCACCUGCCAUCGAGUAUGACAGCUCGAGGCCAUUUCUUAACAACUCGACAUUUUUGCCUCGUCACUUCCCACAUCUUCCAUGUCACGGCCCCCCUGACCACACUAUCAAAAAGCGAAGAGAUGGUGGCGACAUCGAAACUACGAGCAAAUGUCUCAAGCAGUUGGUUUGCAUGCCAUGCGAUGUCCUUGAACAAAACCCUGCCGUCAUCUGUCGGUUGGCGUCUAUUGAUUGCGUUGACAUCCAUGACAAGGCUGACAUGAUGAUGGGACUCAUCAGUCUUGAGCACUUAACCUGUAGGGUUAAUCGAUGUCUUUUUCUUCGCGUUUCCAUCCUUGAAGGGGUUAGGUUGGAUCAAGGAGGCUACUCCAGCUCUGACAGCCGAGCUGAUCUGGAGUAUCUGCAGGAUGAACAUAUCCACGGUCAUACCGCGAAGCCUGUCCCCGAGGUUAUCUCGGAACUCAAUUUCCCUUGGUCAUAUAUGGCCGUCGUCUAUCGAGGUGAGACUGAUCGUGCCGUUUCGGAGAUCAGAUUUCGGCGAUGCAAACCCGCAUCUUCGACAGAGACAGGUUUGUCGUGUACUCUGCGAUCGCUCUGGUACAUUACGAGCCGUCAAAUUGCCCCUGUAUUCACUCCUUAUGGCCAAAUUUUCACCUCCGAAGAACGAAACGUCGAACGUGUUAACAACUACACUGGUGGGAAGAACAGAAACGAGCGAGACCUCCAGACGAGCAAAACUUGUGGGAAAGGAAUGAAAAGCAGGCCCAGCAGCAGAAAGCAUUGCUUGAGGUCCAACCACCAAGCUUUGCAGUCUAUGCAGAGAGCCGAUAUCAUGUAUAAAUGGGUCCUCCAUUUCUUGUCCACUGCCUUGCUAUCACCAUCUCUCACGCAACAUAAAAGAUGGCCACGGGCUCAAUCUCAACUCUCCAUUCUCAGGACUAAUCAAUUCCGGCGUUUCAAGGGUCACCCGCGGUUCGGCAGCGUGGAACCGUUUGCGGGCCGCGACAAGAAUACUCUACGAUUGGUGGCGACCAACGACGGCGCGUCGUCGACUACCCCAGGAUGGCCGUCGAAUCACUUCAGGAUCCUGAACAACUUCGAGCUCGGACCCAGGCUUCGAUGCAUCAUCUGCUGCUCGAUCGAGACGAACUAUUCUGUGCGUCGGCGGAGUCUCGAAGCUGGCCACGACUUCGGACGGACCACCAUCCGUCCAAUUCACCCGAGUCAGAGAACCUACACUAGCAUCUGGCAGAUCGCAGCAUGGUUCCAGAGGGCGUUUUUUGCAACAGAGACGCCGAGGGGACCGAAGAAGCAGAAUGGUGGGACCCUGAGACUUUGCAUUGCACCAAGUCUGGAUGCAUUCCAUGACGCCCAUUAUCUGCCAAGAUGGCCCGACGACGUAUACCAACCAUACAUUCUAGACGACUUCGGGAAUGCCGGCCUGAACAAAGACCCUCGGUCUCGGAGCGGUAAGGAGCCAGUAACGGCAGACUCCAGAGACGGGCGGCGAGCGGAAAAGGCGCGUGGCUGGCGCCAUGACGCCAAAUUCCACGCGCAGAAGGACUCGGACCUGCAAGCGACGAUGGAUUGUCCCAUUGGAGUGGGCAAGAUGCAAGACCACGACAUCGACAUGGUGUUAGUAGGUGGGUUUUGGACAUGGAUUCUCGUCGACCCUUGA